GCUCAGUGCGAAGAGCAGCAGAGACACAGCAAAAACAUAUCGGUUGUUUCUUUGCUGUCUGAAGUACGAGCGUCAAAAAGGGAGACACCGUUUGUCGCACAAGUUUUUCUCUACCCCAAACUUCCCGUUUUAGAAAGCGUGGUGUGUUUGUUAUAGUCAGAGAGGAAUUCAUCAGUCCGCAGCCAUAGAAUCCUAGUUGUAUGUCUGGGGUGCUAACUGUUAGCUGACAGGCUACUUAGCAUAGCCAACCACUGAAGCAAUGGCGUUGAAAAGAAUUCAGAAGGAACUGUCCGACCUGCAGAGGGACCCUCCCGCCCAGUGUUCUGCUGGACCAGUCGGAGAUGACUUGUUUCAUUGGCAAGCGACAAUAAUGGGUCCAAGUGACAGUCCAUACCAGAGUGGAGUGUUUUUCCUUACCAUUCACUUUCCAACAGAUUAUCCCUUCAAACCACCAAAAGUUGCAUUCACAACAAAAAUAUACCACCCUAAUAUCAACAGCAAUGGGAGUAUUUGUCUGGACAUACUAAGGUCGCAGUGGUCACCUGCUCUCACAGUGUCAAAAGUAUUAUUGUCUAUCUGCUCCCUUCUUUGUGACCCAAAUCCAGAUGACCCACUGGUUCCAGAGAUCGCGCAUACGUAUAAAGCUGACAGGGAAAAGUACAAUAAAUUAGCAAGAGAAUGGACUCAGAAGUAUGCAAUGUGAUUACACAAGGAAGACAAAAAAAAAAAAAAAUAAGAACAAAAGAACCCACUAAGGAUUUGUUACUUGAUACAAAUGAACAACAGAGGUGAGAAAAAUAAAAAGUAAAAACAAAGCAGCCCACAUUUUGAGAAGGAAGUGAUGUAAUACGGUACAGUGCCACUUGGCUUUCUGUGUGCUGAGCUGCUACAAUGUGCUGUCCUUCAUUACUGGUAUAGAUCUGCAGAGCAGGACCUGGCGGGCCUCCUUAAAGCACUCCCAUAAGGAAUACUGGAAAUUCUUUACAGUUCCUGAUGCCACACUCAGACUGUAAACUGGUCAUUUUGUUGUGAUUAUCAUUGUUGCUCUUCAUACACUUCAUUUUUACUGUCAUAUUUUGACCCUGCAGAGAUGCAAACUGUUUGAUCUGGGAGAGUUCCUUCUCCUUCAUUUCUGAGGUACUUUAUGCACCCUUCUGGAUUUCUUCUUAUUUCUGUACUUUCAUGUAUUUAGUGGCCUUUUAUGUGUUUAACUGUUUAGUGUAUGUGCAAUUGAGACAGAAUGUUUCUCGUAGAACAUGUAAUGGCCCAGCAGAUUAUCUGCUGGCAAUGAUGGUCUCUACCCCAAAUCAAUGUGAAAUGCAUAAAUAAAAUUAAUAGUUUCGAUGUUUGCUGUAAUUGCAAAUUUGAAAAGUAUUUUACAGUUUUUAAGACACUGGAUAGCUAAUUGUUUUAGAGCCAGUAGGCUUAGAGUCUGUGUUCUGGGACCCUAAUGGGCUGGAGUUUCAUUUCCCUAUUCUCACAUGUGGUCAUCGCACUUCUAUACUAAUGAAUUAACCACCAUUCACUGAUAUAUUCAUUGUGCAAAACAAUACUACUGUCAUUUCGUGUUAUGUAGCUACAAACUUAGAUAGACCUUCACGUAAAGCUUCGCUGGGCUCCACCUUGUUGGUACAGUUACUCAGGUAUCUCACCAUGUUAUCAGACUUGACAAGCAUUGACCCGUUUUAUUAUUUGUUCUCUAUGUACAGUCCUCAUCUCUGUUCAUAUUACAAAAAAAACAAUUUUUUUUUUCCCGAAGAGGCAGUGUGUUGCGCACAAAUAAAUGCUGUGUAAGAAGUACUGUCAUCCUUGCUACCCCUCUGCAGGACUUUUGAUAUUCACUGAACACCAGGAUUUUAACAGCUUUCUUUCUCAUGAUGAGACUUAAUCACUACUGUUUUACUGUAAUAAAAGGGGUCCUUUUAUUGGAGAGGAGUCCCAAACUUUGCCAUGUUAAGUCGUGAGCAUUUAUUUACCUGAGAUGUUAAAUAUGACACUAUAAUUUGCUUAAAAUAUGACAUGAAGUAUUGUUUUUUUUUUUUCAUAUUCAUGAGUGGGUCUGCAACAUUUUUUUUUUGGAUUUAACUGACAGUAAAACUGUUUGUCAGAGUAAUACAUCUGGGGCUGUAUUUUUGAAAAGCUUUUAGUUUUAGGCUUUUUUUUUUCUUCUCUGUGUCACAAAACCUGAACGUGGUUGUGAUGUCAUAUUUCUAAUGUACUCCGUUGUGAAUGCUGGAAAAGGCAGAUGAAAAAAGUCGUGAUUGUGUCUCAGUAUGCUGGUGCUGCCAAUUUAAAGGGAAAUGUUGGGUAUUUAAAAAGGGAAGUGUUUUUUUUCUGCUAUUGAGGCAUUGAUUAGUUUUAACAAGGAAGUUGCAUAGUUAAGCAUGACUGAUUGUAGAAGCUUUGUAGAAUUUACACUGAAUUAGGCAGGUAACAUAGAUUUCAAUAGCAGAUGUUAUAGAAACAGUUAAAAGAAGUCCUUAAAAAAAGAAUACAGUCUAAAAGUGUUAAACAUCUAUUCUCUAUAUGCAGUGAAAGGCUUAGCUGCACAAUCCAGUUUAAGUGCAGUCAUCUAUUUACUUGUUUCAGCUGUAUAGUUUAAUUCACAUCCAAUUAUGAAUAUGACUGAUGCUACAUUUAACUUCUUUGUCCAGUGUGCACCGUAGAUUUUUUUAUAGGCAGCUUGGCAUGCUUUGCACUCUGGAGAAACCUUCUCACAGCCAUUUGCCAGAUAUCAGGGAUUUUGUUACAUUUUAUCUGCCUAACACCUCAGACUAAAACAUUUUUAGCCUUAACCCUCAUUUUUCUAUAUCUGGAGGAUGUAUCAUUAACUGUAAAUUAGCUGUCAGGACUUUUAACUCAAAAUUUGGUUGUUCAUUCAUCUCGUUAAAAGACACAGGAACCUGCUUGAACAGCACUGAUGUUAUGGCUUUGACAGAAUGCAGAACCUGCCUUCAUGCGUUUGAAAAUCUGGAGUAAAAUAUACUUCGACUGCCACCGUGAACCUUCAUGUCUUUACAUAGUUUAAAAACAAGAUAACUAAUGACAUUGUUAUAAUAAGAAAAUAAAGUUCAUCUUGGU